AUGGCAGCUAACCACGGCACCUACGAUAUCCAGGCCUCUACCAACUACAAGGAAGCAUUCGCGCUCUUCGAUAAGCGCGGCAACCAGCGCGUGCAGACCGAGUCACUGGGCGACUUACUGAGAGCGUGCGGCCAGAACCCGACGCUGGCGGAGAUCCGGGAGUUGGAGAAGGGGGUUGGUGGUGACUUCGACUUCGAGGCUUUCUCCAAGAUGCUCAACCGCCCCGGCGGAUUCCGCGACCCGGGCGAGCCGGAGGAGUACUGCCGCGGGUUCCAGGUCUUCGACAAGGAUAUGACGGGCUUCAUUGGCGUCGGCCAGCUGCGCUACAUCCUGACGAAUCUGGGGGAGAAGAUGAGCGACGAGGAGGUGGAUGAGCUGUUGAAGGCUGUGGAUACAAGUAGUGGGGAGAUCAACUACACUGAUCUCGUCCGUACGAUCCUCGCCAACUAG